AUGAUGUCCUACCUCAAACAGCCCCCCUACGGCGUCAACGGCCUGGGGCUGAGCGGAGCUGCCAUGGACCUGCUGCACCCCUCAGUGGGCUACCCAGCGACUCCCAGGAAGCAGCGGCGGGAGCGGACGACCUUCACCCGCUCUCAGCUCGACGUCCUCGAGGCUCUGUUCGCCAAAACCCGGUACCCGGACAUCUUCAUGAGGGAGGAGGUGGCGCUGAAGAUCAACCUGCCCGAGUCCAGAGUGCAGGUUUGGUUCAAGAACCGGCGGGCCAAGUGUCGCCAGCAGCAGCAGAGCGGCAGCAGCGCCAAGGCUCGGCCGCCCAAGAAGAAGUCGUCCCCGGCCCGGGAGAGCACCGGAUCGGAGAGCAGCGGCCAGUUCACGCCUCCCGCCGUCUCCAGCACCGGCUCUUCCUCCUCGUCCUCCUCGUCCACCAAUCACACGGGCCCGGCGGCGCUCAGCAGCACCUCUACCUCCAUCAGCACCGUCUCCUCCAUCUGGAGCCCGGCCAUCUCCCCCGGAAAUGCCCCCGCCCCGGCCGUGGCGCCGCUGCCCGAGCCCGGCCCGCCGUCCAACGCGUCCUGCAUGCAGCGCUCCAUGUCGGGCUCCGCCGCCGCCGCCACCUCCUACCCCAUGUCCUACAACCAGACGCCGGGCUACGGCCAGGGCUACCCCGCCCCGUCCAGCUCCUACUUCAGCGGCGUGGACUGCGGCUCCUACCUGGCCCCCAUGCACUCCCACCACCACCCCCACCAGCUCAGCCCCAUGACGGCCUCGUCCAUGUCGGGCCACCCGCACCACCACAUCAGCCAGUCGUCGGGGCACCACCACCAUCACCACCACCACCAGGCGUACGGCGGCUCCGGCCUGGCCUUCAACUCCUCCGACUGCCUGGAUUACAAAGAGCAGACUGCAGCCUCCUCGUGGAAGCUCAACUUUAACACCACAGACUGCUUGGACUACAAAGACCAGGCCUCCUGGAGGUUCCAAGUCUUGUGA